CUCACUCUCUCUCUUCUCUCUGCUCACUCCUCCCAUGGCGACACCGCGACGCGAAGCUCCGGAACUCACCGCCCCGACCUCCGCCGAUCGUCGCCGGGAGAUAUGACGAUGGACGAAGACGGCGAAGGGUUCGAGGAGUGGGACGCCGAUUUCCUCGACCAGGUCAUCCAGGUCGAGGAGCGAGCGCUCUCCUCCGCUAAUCCUUCCCAAACCCAUCCUCAAACCCCCUCUCCCCUGCCUCCUCCGGCCACCUACCUGCCCCCUCCGCCUCGGCCCCCGCCGCCGCGGCCGCGCCAGCUCCUGUCGGCGGCGGCGGCGGCCGCCUCGGCCUCGGCCUCCUCCUCCUCGUCCUCACUCCCCUACGUCGCUUCCGUCAGCUACUCGCCUCCCAGGGAGCUCUCCCAGAGGCCGGCGAAUGGGGCCGCCAGGACCGCGUCCGCAUUGCCUUCCUCGCCGUCGCCGGCGUCGCGCUCCGGGAGUUUUGAGGAGUUCGAGAUUGAGAGUCUAAAGGCAGAACUCGGGUAUGUUCGGAAGGAGUGCACGUACCGGGAGCCGGAGCAUGCUAAAUUUAGGAAGGAAAGAGGAAGAAAGGAGGAGCAACUCAAAUCUGUAUCUUCUCGUGAUGGAGGGAGACUUACUGAUAAUCACAGUUCAAAGAGAAUUGGCUUGGAUCAGGGAGUGCCUACUUCAGCCACUGUCGUGCUGGAAGUUGAAAAUGCAAAAUCGUUAAGUAAUCAGGCUAGCUCUCAGACUAAGAUAGAAUCAACCUCUAAAACUGUUGGAGUUCAAACAGAUGAAGCUGGUGAAACUACUGGCAUUCAGUUCAAUAAUGAUCUAUAUGCUCGUCGGGGUCUCUCUAGGAAGUUACUAUCUGUGUGGAGUCCUUCACUUUACCAAAAUGCUGGAAGAAGUCUUCUUCCAAAGUUGUAUGUAGCUUGUCAUUCCCUUUUCAGAUGCAUGGGCAUAGAUGUAUCCUCGAAAAUCAAAAUGGACUCUUUGGCAGAUGGGAGCUCUACUGAUUUUUCUUGGUUGUGCCAUCCGUAUCCUCUCACUGCUUCAGAAGCUGCUAAAAUGUCUAAAUUUCAUUCUGUUUUCACAAAGGUUAACAAUGGAGUGUCCCAGUUAGAAGCCUUGAUCGAACCCCUGUUUGAUCUUUGUCAUUUAGACAAUGUCAAUAUUAUACAUAGGUCCCUCUGUAUACUGCACCUGAUUCUGAAGCAUCUAUGUAGCGAGGAAAGGAAAUGUGGUGAAAGGGAAAAUAUCACAGUUGAGGGACUUCUAUCCAAGAAGAGUUUUUUGUGCAUAUGUGAAUAUGGAAGUGGAAUCAGUGGACACCCUCUUUCUGUGAAUUGGGAUGAGAGAUCUUACAGUGUCUACGGUUCACGGGGCUUAAGCUCUUCUGGUCCAGAGAUACAGUUGAUGAAGAGCCAUAGCAUGCUAUUGUUCUCCUUUCGAGACUGGGCUUCUGUCUUUGAACUUAUGCGUCAACUUGUGCAGAAGAACACUGAAGAAUGUAUAAGGGUAGAGGCUGUCUCCAUCAUGAAUUUGAUUCUGCUAAGGGGCAGUGCUUAUGAGCACAGGGAAAAGUUCGGAUGUCCACUGGUUCUUGAAAGCAUUUCGACACUCCUAAAGAAGGAAUCUGGAUUAUGUGUCCAAGAGCAAGCAUUACAUCUGCUGUUCCUUCUAUUAAAUAGUCCAAAAAUCUUGGAGACGUUCUUCUGCGGUUUUAAAAAUAGGGAAUGUUCUUCCUCUAUGGAUGGCAACGAUGACAAAAACAUUACAAUUUUUCGAGGAUCUGAUGUUAUUCUUGAGGGCUUGGCAGAUUGUGUAUCUUCUAGGGGAAGUGGCAUACAAGACUUGAAGCUUCAAAGAAGAGCAACAAUGCUUCUGGCAUUUUUAGCCUCAUCUGGAACAACUGGCUUUGAAAUCCUUAUGAAUCACAAGCUAUCCAGUGGAGCAAACUUCCUUAUGUUGAUCUUGCAAGCAUUGAUAUCAGAGAUGGAUGCGGAAGCAGGAGGCCCUACUGAGCCACCAGAAUUCUUGAAAGAGAGGAGCUUACUGAUGCGGGAAGCUUUGAUAUUACUCAACCGGCUUGUGUCCAAACCUGUGUAUUCUGCUAGCUUACAGAUGUUGACAAACAGCAGAGAUAUGGCCUGCUUGACCAUUACCGUAGCAAACCGGAUGUCCCAAAGAAAUAUUAGGAUUACACAACUAGACAGCAUGCAUAGGCAGAUGAGGGAAUCUGAGGUCAUUGAAUUGGGAAGAGCAUUUAAACGAAGAGUUUAUGCUUAUCUAGGCGAUCAUGUAUCAUGAGAGCCCUCAUAUAACCGAGUGCUAUGAAAUUUUUGAUGGCAUCGGCAUUUGUUGAAGCCAGCUGAAAAAACUGAGCAAGCAAGGGCCCCUGCUCACCUUUUUGGGACGACGGAUGCAUUAGAUGGUGAGUUUUGGCACACUUAAGAGGAGCAUAAUCAAGGAGGACAAUUUUGUCGCUGAGAGGAUUAUCCCUAAAACUACUGAACCUGGAAGCUGAGGUUUUGGUCGGUUCAAGAUUCCAGCUUUUGUUCUUAUCCUCCGAAGGGUGUGGCUGGUCGGUUUAUGUAAUUUGGCUACUAUAAAAGCUGUCGGAAAUGUACUUAUCCCCGACAAUGUAACGGAGAACAUUUUUUGGCAUGCCGGGAAGUUUCGCCAUCAAUAAGAAUGAUUUUGUAUGUGAUGCUGUUCGUUCAUGCUGACAUUUUAGCAACCGACUUCAUUGAAUGUUUUCCGACUACACAUAUUCUGGUCCCCUCGGGUAGCUAGAUGAUAUGAUCUCGUCGACAGCAUUUUCAACAUAAAACUACUCAGCGAAAAGGACGGGAGCCUUAGCGAGAGCUUUUGUGUUAUUCUUUCACACCAAUCCAGGAACUUCUCAGCAUCUUUGUAUUGUUGAGACCAGUCCUGUUGUGGAUACGUCUGCCAGCAUGUUGUUGAAGACGUUGCAAAAUUUACAGAAAUGAACGCGAUUUUUUGAUUGA